UCUUGAAGAAAAAAGUACAGUUCUAGAGAACUUUCAGUUGCAAUUAGAAGGAAAGUGGUCAAUUUCUGAGAGGUAAGAAUGAUUUAUAUCUCUAAACUUUGGGUUCUUUGCUUGUAUUGUUAGUGAAACUGAAGCUGAGCUUGCUGCUGGGGUGUCAAUUUAGACCAAUUUUGAUGAUCUUACUGAUUUUGUUUCUUUAUACGGUUGAAAGCUCUAAUCUUUAGCUUCUUGCUUGUAUUCUUUCCCGGUUGUCAAUUUCAUACAAGUUUUAGUGGUUUUGCCCUCUGUUACCUCUAUUCAAUGAAUUUCAUGAUGAUUUAAGAAAAUCUCUUUCCCUUGGGAGUUCCACUUUGGAUAAUCUGUGAGUUUAUAUUGUACCUAUUUUAAUUCCCUCAACCGUGAUGGUUCUGGUAAUUCAUUUCAGUCUCUGGUUGAAUUCGUUGCACAACUAGGUUGUGGUUAUUUCAGUUUUUUUUUUUUUGGUUGGGUUGGGGAUCCUCUGUUUUGCAUAUGCUGUAGCCUGUAUCUAUGAUUUAUUGUUCUUAAGGUUUGGCUUCGUGGUUUGAUCUUGCAUCUGACACUCUUGAGUAUAUUAGUUUGUCUGUUGGUACUUGUUAGUAAGAUUAUGCCUUUCUAUCUUUGAUCAGGAAUCUGGAGUGUGUUAAUUUUAGGAUUUCUAAAGAUGGUGGUAUUUAGCAUGAAUUCGAAGAGGAUAAGGAGACCUAGUGUGAGGUUAUGGGAGGUAGGAGACCUUUCUGCGGCUUUUACAUGUGGUAUUUCGAAGCUCAACAAUGGAAACACACGGCGUAAGAAAUGGAAAAGUGAGUUCUCUGAUAAAGCAGAAGAAUCAAAAUGCCUCCACAUUCCUAAACUUAAGCAAUUUGAGAGCACAAACUUGGACCCCAGCAAAUCUGCAGGGAUUUUUGGAAAUGGCGAGCAUAACAUCGAGAACUGGGAUCCUAACUCUUCCAAUCUAGUGCCCGAAUUCUCCUUUCUUGAUAAUAAAAAGGAAAAGAAAUCUGAGCUCGAUUUUGUGGUUGUCACCCGACGAUCCAGGGUAAUGAAUCGAAGGAAACGAGACCCAAAUAGCCUCCACAGUUUCUUCUGUCCUUGGAAGUCAGAAGUUGGUUGCAGCAUCAGUGAAAAUGAGAUAAUGCAUGGGUCGGAUCAGCUCGUUGCCUGCUCUUCAGGUACUGGCUUAAACAUUUACCGUGGUAACGGCUCUAUGGAUUCGUGGGAGAACGAAUCAUCUGGAAUUAUCAAAGAAGCCCGUGAUGAUGAGACUGAUGAGCAGAAUUUCAGCUUGGAGCUUCUGCAGAGGCCUACAGAUUCGGGUACAGAGACUACUUGGUCAAAUGAGAAUACCAGAUUUCCACAAUACAACAACGGGUACAACGAUGAAGUAUCCAAAUCCAAUGAUGGUGAUGUAGGUAGUGUCAGAGAAUGGUUGGAAGAACUUGGUUUCGGUAAGUUUGCUGACUUAUUUGAGAUUCAUGAAGUUGAUGAAGAAACUCUACCGUUGCUUACUUUCGAAGAUCUGAAAGAUAUGGGCAUCGAUGCCAUUGGGGCUCGUCGAAAGUUGUUCACUGCUAUCCAGCAACUUGGACAAAGAGGAUGA